AUAAGUAUCGCGCCGUGACCCAUAAAUUUCGGGAAGUGUCAUCAUAUUCAUCAUUACCUGUGCUGUGCGAUUACACAACCGGAGUAGAGGCGGGGCGCACACCCGGUUAUCGAUAAUGGAGUCACCUCUUUAAUUUGGCGCUAAAUUUCCCCAAUUACGACCGACCCGACGACGAGUAAUCGUUUGUUCACACCAAUUUUUUUCGCCACUCGGUCAAACGUUUAUGCAUAUAGGCUCGAGCGGUGUUGUGUUGAUCGAACGCCUCGCGCCUCCUCGCCGAUCAUUGAGGCGCACAGCGAUGACGGUGUCAAUGAAUGAUAAUUGUGAAAGUAAAUAACGCAUAGACUAGAUACCGACGCGAGCGCGCGUCCAGAUAUUGUGAUAGUCGCGGGGUCCGCAUAUCCGCACAGAUCGAAAAAUUUUGGAUAUCUAUUUGUUCAUUAAUGCACACGUACAUUUCAUAUUGCUCUGUCUCACUAUCUGUCUGUUUCUCUCCAUAUCUAUCUUUUUGCAGAUGUUGGCUUUCACGUCUUUACACAACAACUGAACUGGCUUGGCCCCGGCAGGCAGCAGCACCCCCAGCGGGAGGAGAUUAAUCGAAUCGGAUCAAAUCGGUGGGAAGACGAACAAGAAGCAGAAGAAGAAGACGGAGGCAAAUUUGACUGGUCAAAAGCAUGUUGCCAUCGUCGGAUUGGUCUCCGGAAUCGAGAUCAACGUCGUGAUUGGGUGUUAUAUCAACGCAGCAGCGCCAUAAUUCUCGUUGCGCAGCACGACGGAGCGAAGCACGUGGACGGGAGAAAAUGCUACUUAAUAUCCGUAUUUAAGGAUCAUAUUUGUGAUAUCUAGCUUUUAGGGAAGUAAACGACUAAUUAUAAUUACCUGAAUGGGAACAUUUUAGGGAAGAAAGAGAGUCGACUUAUCAUCAUGACUAGUAUAACGUUCAAAACGACAACGACGACCGGCGGAGAUGCGAACGGAUGUAUUGCGUCGGCGGCGUCUUCUUCGUCGUCGGCCGUGGCCCUCAUGUCGGACAAGUCGAUAACGAUGACUCCGUCGCAGUUGGCCUCGGCAACGACUGCAGCGGCCGUGGCGGCCUCCAACCUGCUGUCGACGGCGGCGGCCAAUCCAUCUAGUGCGCUGUUUGCAGCGGCGGCGGUUGCAGCGACAAAUCCUUCGAGCGCACUGUUCGCGGCGGCUCAACAGCAGAACAACAACUAUCAGAGCAAUAGCAGUAGCAGUAGUCUGUACAAUAACGACAACAAUAGCAAUAGUAAAGUACAGUCUAGCGACAAGCUGAGUAGUGGUAGCAGUAGCAGCGGGGUCGGGAGCGGUACCAGCGGUACCGGAGAGGAGUACGAACGGGCCAAAUACAAGACGCCCCAGGAGGUUAUGAUGCUGUACAUGGACAAACUGACCCAGUACGAGCAUCACGAGAUCUAUCAGUACCCGAAGAUCUAUUUCAUCGGAGCGAACGCCAAGAAGCGGAGAGGUACUAGCAAUUCUGAGUACGACAACGAACAGGGAUCGUACAUUCACAUAGCUCACGACCACAUAGCGUACCGGUAUGAGGUGUUGAAGAUCAUAGGCAAAGGAAGUUUUGGGCAGGUGGUGAAAGCUUACGAUCAUAAAAACCAUCAACACGUGGCGCUGAAGAUGGUUCGGAACGAAAAACGAUUCCACAGGCAAGCCCAGGAGGAAAUCCGAAUUCUCAAACACCUGCGAUCGCAGGAUCGGAUGAACUCCAUGAACAUUAUCCACAUGUACGACUAUUUCGUUUUUCGUAACCACAUGUGUAUAACGUUCGAACUGUUGUACAUCAAUCUGUACGAGCUGAUUAAGAAGAACAAAUUCCAGGGCUUCAGCUUACAGCUGGUACGAAAGUUUGCUCACUCUCUGCUAAAGUGCUUGGACGCACUAUAUAAGAAUAAGAUUAUCCAUUGUGAUAUGAAACCGGAGAACGUGCUGCUGAAACAGCAGGGUCGAUCCGGGAUCAAAGUGAUCGAUUUCGGCUCGUCCUGUUUCGAGCACCAACGGGUCUACACCUACAUCCAGUCGAGAUUCUACCGGGCGCCGGAGGUGAUUCUCGGCGCCAAAUACGACAUGGCGAUCGACAUGUGGUCGCUGGGUUGUAUUCUCGCGGAACUGUUCACCGGUUUCGCGCUUCUUCCUGGGGAAGACGAAGCGGAUCAGUUGGCUUGUAUUAUCGAGCUGAUCGGUAUGCCACCGAAGAAGAUCCUAGAAAACUCGAAACGAGCGAAAAACUUCAUCUCGGCCAAAGGUUAUCCACGGUAUUGCAAUGUGAAAACCCUGGAAGAUGGCACCACUGUGCUGACAGGUGGCUUUUCCCGACGGGGAAAACUGAGAGGACCACCAGGAUCUCGUAGUUUGGUAAAAGCGCUGAAUGGGUGCGACGACCCACUGUUUCUUAACUUCAUCGAACGCUGCCUACGGUGGGACCCUGCGUUACGAAUGACCCCGGAAGCGGCCCUGAAUCAUUUCUGGUUCCGACGGUUGCUGCCUCCCUCGCCUAAUGUGGCGACCAUCACCACUACAAGUAGCCCUUCCACAUCGAGUAAUUGUCAAAAUAGCCAUAUAAAUAAGGUUCUGAACAUCGCGUACGCCUAUGCGGAUCAGCAAGCGUCAUCCCUAGUAACGACCUCCACCUGCAAUUCACUGGUUGCAUCACACCACGGCAACUCCAGUUCCCUUCAGUCGCUCCAGUCGGCGUCUCUUACCUCAUCGGCGAUCAGCAUUCCGGCGGUUAGUGGAGCUGUCGGCGGAGUCAGUCUCGUCGGGAGUACCGGAACGCUCGGCCGGUCCGCUGCCACCACCAUCAUAGACAUCCCAUACAACCCGAACGACAAGAAACGGCUACUGAACUCUUCCCCGCAGGCGGCGUCCUCGCUGACAUCCAACCCCGGGCUAGCAUCCACUUCCUUCGUAGAUUAUGCAGUGGUCGUCAUCGACUGAAAACCACCCGAUGGAAUCCUGUUCCUAAAAAGCAAAUGUGUACUUUUUUGUGUUCCUUUCAACCAACUGACUGCCAACAACAACAAACAAAAUGUACUCAACUCACACAACGCGUAACCCCCCGGUGUGUCUCUCGUCCAGGAAUGCUGGCGACGCUGAUGAUCAAACAAGGCAUCAAAUCUUAGAUGCUCGUUGUUAGUGUGUUGGUUAUGAUUCGGGGACACACUUCUUCACACUUCACACAGCUACAGCUACAGUUACGGCGAUGCGACGCGACGGUCGGUGGUGGUAGUUAAGGUGGUCUUCGCAGUUGAGGGUGGUAGUGUCGAUCGGGUUGGAGACAGACAACAGAGAGGAAGGCGAUGUUCGAAUGAGAGAGAGAGUCACAUGAGAUGCGCUUAAGAGAGGCGGCACAAUGUGUGUUAAACCCGAAGAACCACUUUAAACAAUAGGGAAAAAGAUCUUUAAAUUAGAAGCGAAAAAAGCGCGCAAAAAACACUCAUUAAUUGAUAGGUUCUGUGUAUGCGAUAGUAGCGCUCUCAGAGAGUGAGAGAAAGAAAAAGAGGUAAAUCAAUUUAUACUAAACUGAGGAUAAACAUAAUUUAAUUUGCUAUUUUAGUGGUUAGGUAAAUAAUUUAGCAAAAUGUGACGACGGAUGAGCGGAAAAAUAAAGAAGAAGGGGAAAGAAGACAAAGAGGAAAAGGAGACGAAGGACGAGAGAAAGAGAGCGAAAAACGUGCAUGAUUAAAACAAAAGUAACAAACAAAAAAGCAAAAAGAAAAAAAAAACAGUUGGAUUUUAUGGCUUUGACGCAUCACGGCUAAAUCUGUAUUUAUCGAAGGCAAAAAAUAUCAGAAGUGAAUCAAAUCGAAAAGUAUAUAUCUGUUGGACAGCUACAAUUACCAAUAACUAUUGGAGAGACCAUUAUUAGGCAAGUGAGGAUAUUUUGUAAACGGCUUACGUAGAAACACUAAUCACAAGUAGACGAAGAAAAUUACAAACCAAUAUCGAGCUAAAGCAGCUGUGCACGCAUAGAAGGAGGGGCGAAGAGUAUAGGUAAGUGCUGCGCGAUUGUGACUGAAAACGUAAACAUUUUUAAGGCUUGUUGUUAGAAUUUAUAUGGUUCCACCCGCGUCAACGAAACAUGUAUCACCGAUACAGACAAAGAUAUGAGGUUACACUGAGAGAAAUCGCCAACCUGAUUGCAGAUGGCUUUCAUUUCAACAAUAUCUAUGCCACACCCAUUUAAUAAUCGUAGAUGCGAAUCGAUCGAUAAAUCAUUGUUCUGUAGAAUUCGGGCAUUUGACAAUCAUUUGCACUCACGGAGGUGUUUUCGUUCAGUGUACUAUCCUAACAGAAUUGUGAUUUUGACGAUUCAAAGCUCAUGAUUUUAAGGGAACAGAGUCACAAACUUUUUCAAAACAUUGUAAAUCGAUUGCAUGAAACCAUCUAGCCAAUGUUAGACUUUAGGUUUUCGAAGGCUGUCAGACUACAUUCGCGUGUAUUUCGACUUCUUCACCAUGGACUUAAAAGCCAAACCAUUCUUUUCUGAUGCUGCCAUGCCUAGCUUGUUUUCACUUGCCACACCCGAUUUGUGCAAUUUGCAAAGCUCUCUAGUGGAUAACCAUUUAGUUUAAUUACCAUACAUAGUUAUUCACCUAAUUUGAUGCGAUUGUGCGAUUGCAUUUGAGACUACAUUUACGUACUGAAGUUCAACUGUCAUCAAAAUGCGAACAAACAGAGUUCGGCACACGCACUGUCAGAGUAGACUUUUUGAAACAAAUGCAACAGAUACAAAGAACAAGUUGUGAGAAUAAUACGUUUUUAGGGAAUCUUGAUAGACGUAGGCACACAUACAUACAUACAUACGGACUGGAGUUUUCCAAUGAACCCAGACAAUUUCAAUAUUACCUGAUCUUGCUUCAUUUCGAUAACACUUCUUGUGUUAUUUUCUAACGUUCUUUUGAAAACAUUAAAGAAGGAUUGAUGUAGAUUCAUUACCAGUAAUCAUUUUAAAGUCAUUUCAGAAACUUGUUGACAAAGUUUACCUUUUAUAAAAGUUCUAUUUUAAGGUUUCGCUGGUACCACUGUAGACAAAGGGAAGAUCUUUAUCUACAGUAUGUUCUGGUCGAUUGCUGUGAUUAUGAAUAGCUGGUAUCAAAGCAUACCCAGCUCAUCGAUUUCAAGGAAACUCUAUGAAGCCAAAGAUCGAGGAACCUGCGUGGUUAUGGGCCCAGCAUGCCUCCAUUGCGUAACCUUUUCUGUGGUUGGAUCAUUACAUAUGCAUCGCGUGACGUAAAACAGGAUUUCUUGAGUUCUAUAGCAGGGCAGCUUACUUAGCAUUCAAUCUGUAAGUCUGUAAAAGAGUCAGAAAAGUGCUUUCAGAUUGAAAGUUGUCUCACAGAUAUAGUUCAGAACUUGAAAGGCAUUGUGCCACAUGAGUUGAAGGCAAAUUGAAGGUUGUUGGAAACGUUCUUCAAGAGUCCUGAAUUCGGUUACACCGUGUUUUUAAUACAGAAGCAGCCGGCUGGGUUUCAAUCCCGUUUCGGGAUAAUUCUGCAAAAAGAUUGAUCGAUAUACUACGUAAUGAAUCUGCCUCUAUUCUUCACGUCUUUUCCUUUAGAAGUUAUCUUCUUGACACGGCUCCGUAAAGCGUUAAACGCGAUUGAGCCAUUAGUAACCAAACUAGACGCUUAUCUUCUUUUUGACCUCUUCCAGAAUUCCCAUUUCCAUAAAAAGCAUUUAGGUUAGCCGCUCACUUUUGUAGCUCCGAGGUAACACAAACUAGACCGACUCUAUAGAUGAAAACAAACAAAAACUAACAAGACACAAAAUAAACCGGAAUAGGAAUCCAGUAUGUGUAAGCGAAACAAACUGCCAAUAAGUAAGAAUAGUGAACAAUACAGUAGAUCAUUCGUCAUCCCAGACUAGAGAGACUAGACAAAGUCAUACAAGCUCACCACACCAUAUUCAUAGAUUUCUGUGUCAACCACAACAAAAAAAAAACUAAUCAUUCAGCUAACAUAACCUAUACAAUACGAGAGCUAGUAUAACCUUUUGCGCACACCCACUCACGUUCACAAUCACCUUGAUAGAAGCCCACUAGCAGCUCCGAACAAGCCCGUUAACCUAUCAACACAUCUAGAUAAAAAUGCAUCUUUGUACUUGUAAUAGCAUCACACUCUUGUAUACAAUCAAUAUUUGAUAUCGUACUGAUAGAGCGAAGCUAGGAAAACAAGCGGUAUUUCUCGCCUAGAAGUGAGCUAUGAAAACAAUUUAUACAUUUAUAAAUAUAUUCCAGAACUGUAUUGUUUGAAUAUUGUUCUUCUUUUGUACAACCUAAAACGGUACCCAACAGGCCAGGAAGUAAUGCUACAAAGUCAUCCCACUCGCAGAUAAACCAUGAUUACAUUGUACAGAAACAACUCUCUCUUGUGCUGACGAUCAUUCACUCUGAACACACGCAUCCUAUUGAACUCUUUCCGUAUAUCAUGUUGUACAGAAUGCUGAAAUAUCCAUCCGUUUCGAUUUGUUUGUUUGUGCGUUCUCGUUUGAAUCACUCCCUCUUGUCUGAAGUGUGUUAGUUUAACGGUGUCGCACGAUGAAAUCUUUCUUCUUUUCCUCACGCAAUUGAUUUCUCGCACUCACUCAAGCACACACAUACAUUUUUCAUUCGACAAACAAUGGAAAAACAUCUACUCACGCUCACACACACACACGCACCCACUUAAGAUGAGUAAAUUCGCGAGUACGAAGUAAAACACUGUAAAUUAUAUCGCUGAAAAGAAAACAAAAAAACAACUGUGUAAACAAUAGCCCUCUAGUUCAUAAGUUUCACACACUGAUGAUGACGAUGAUGGAUGAAAAUAUUGUUUUUUCACCACGCGAUUGAAUUCUACACUAACCAAAAUGAUGAUGCUAAAUCGCAAGUAAGGAACAAAACAAAAACAUGUGAAAAUGAAACAUAACAAAUGGACUGUAUUACUAGUAGACGUAACAUAUAAACAAGUAAAUAUUUGUAGAUAAUGAAGAUGUGAAAAAAAGCGAGUCAGAAAAAAACAGAAACUUCCAAUCUUGUGUAAAAAAAAACAACGCACCUCAGCUUAUGAAAUAAACAAAAAAAAAAUGAAUCACGAGGUUGCGGCAAUUUAUUUUACAUUCAAAUAAAUCUUCUUAAGAUAUAUCGGUUUGUCUUUCCUGAACCUUGUUUUCCACCUCCGCCCGCUGGACGCCCGGAAUUCCUUAAAAAGGGUCUCAAUGUUUCGAACAAAUAAAGAAAUACUCAACAAAAAUAUCCUUUUCGACCAGUCCUGUCGCACCCCACGCAAAAACCCGAUGAUAGCAAAAAAAAAACGACAGGAAUCCAAAACAAAAGAAGCAUAACGAAAAUGUGUAUAGAAUAAAUUUGUUGUGUAGAGAGAUCACGAGCUAGAGCUACCCAGACGGACACACUCACAUAGGACACAUUUUCCCCUAUAGUGUAAUGAUACAAUUGCAUACCAACACAGAGACACACAAACACACGAAACAUAAAGGUAAAUCACCCACACUCACACAGCCACAAAGUAAAUUAAUCGAGCCGCGAGCAUACCGCGUUGCGCGGCGGCGCGUAUGACGAGAGAGAGACAUUAUUAGUUUAGCUACAAAAAAAAAAUAA